AUGCCGUCGCGCUCGCGGCGGAACUCCGAGCAGCGGCGGCGCGUGGAGCAGCCGGAUCUGCAGGUGCUUCCGCCGCACGUAUGGGGCACGAUCGGGGGACUGGGGCUAGCGGCGACGGCGCUGCUGUUCGCGAUCCUAGGCGUUGCGACGGACUGGGAGGUCCCCGGCUUGCCGUACCUCUACAACGGUCUCUUCGCGCUCUCCGUCGUGCUGUGCGCUGUCGUCAUGCCGGUCGCGUGGUCGCAGCUGCCGAGUGGCAUGAGGGCGCGGUUGAAGUGGAGGCGGCGAAGCAAGGACGUGCAGAUUAACAUGGACCCCCCUCCCUGGGCCACCUCUGGUGCUGCUGUCUGCCGCAUAUUACACGUGGUGGAGGCAUCGGGGUUACCUCGUGAGGUGGCAGCAGCACGCCUGCUCAAGCACGGCCGCAACGAAUACGAAACCAUGCCCGUGCCCUCCUUCCCGCUCUUCCUCCUCGCCCACCUCUACACUCCCACACGGCUGCUCCUCCUGGCGCUGGUGGUCCUCUUCGCAGGCCUCACGCCCCCAGAGGAAGCCACACUCGGCGCGCUCUGCUCCCUCGCCCUCCUCCUGCUCCACCUCUACGCCGAGUGGCGCGGGCGGCACCGUUUGGCAGCUGCCAGCCUGGCAGCGCCGCAUGAUGCUCUGGUGCUAAGGGACGGUGCGGCUGUGGCUGUGAGCCGUGCUGACCUCGUGCCUGGGGACAUUGUGCUGCUGCGAUCAGGCAUGGAGGUCCCAGCAGAUCUGCGGCUGCUCCACUGCACGCUCCUUGAGAUCGACGAGUCGGGCGUCUCCGGCGAGUGGGAAGCAGCGCCCUGCCCCAAAGACGCCUCCCUCACCCUCAACCCCACCGCCAAAGCCACCCCGAUCGGGUGCCAGAACAUCGCCCUCGCAGGGACCAUGGUCACCUGCGGGUACGGCUCGGGUGUUGUGUUCCGCACGGGCAUGCAGACGGAAAUCGGGAAGAAGCUCGCGUCGGUCUCGCACGUGCACGCGAUGAGGAUCGGAGGCGGAGGGGAGACCUCCCCGCUGCUGCUGCUGCUGCGCUCGGCCUCGAAGCAAAUCGCUUUCGCGUCGGUGGGAGUCAGCGUGAUGGCUGCUGCGCUGGGAGUGUUCCGGCAGGUGGUGUGGCAGGACGUUCUCCUCGUCUCUCUCGUACUCUUUUUCGCCACGCUGCCCGACGACCUUCCCGCGCUGCUCUACUCCACGCUCGGCGCAUGCAGCCACCGGCUGGAGGCGAACGAAAUCUUCUUCCAGCAGUUGAAGGCCAUAGAGAACCUCUCCUUCGUCGACACCAUUCUCACCGACAAAACCGGGUGCUUAACGGAGGACAAGCCGGCUCUGCACGAGCUGCUGGUGGCAGAUACGCCUGUGGGGGCGGAGGAUCUAGCAGAGGCGACGAGAGCAGUUCCCAAGACAGGGCCCUUGGCGGAGGACGGGGCGAUGAAUGCGCUGGGACGGCUGUUUGAAGCGUGGGUGUUCAUGUCUGAUAUGGGGGAUGAUCUGUUGAGGGAUAGCACGGGGAUGAAACGGCGGAGAGGCACCAGCAGCAGCAGCAGCAGGGGAAGCUUGUCCUCUCUCAGUGCUUCUGCUGCUUCUUCUUCCGCUGCUGCUGCUGCUGCUGGGUCUUCUGCUGGUGGGUUAGCAGGCGGGGUGGCAGCAGAUGGAGGAGGGGCAGGAUCAUCUUCCGGUGCAGCAGAUGGGGCAUCAUUGCCGUCGUCAGAAGCGGAGUUCCUUGCGCGAGUGGCGAAGGAGGCGAGGGACGCAGGAGCCGGAGCGGCGUUGCAGAUUGACAUUGGGGAGAGCGAGGAGCAGAGCGAGUCUUUGCUGGAAGGCGGCUCAGUUUUGUCUACCGGCCCCAAAGGGCUAGCAUCAGCUGGAGGAGGAGCAGGAGCAGGAGGUGUGCGCACUGCUGACGUGGCAGCCAGAGGAGGCCACGUGGACACGCUCGAUUGGGCGAUCCUCGCAGCGGUCGGCGGCCCGUCAGUGCUAACAAGCCUUCCAUACGAGGGUCUAGAAGGCGAAGAAGAGGCAGCCGUAGCUGCAGCAGCAGCAGCAGUAGCGUCCACGAGAGGUCUCCGACCACUACACGACAUGCUGAGGCGGUGCUAUGAGGCCAAGGCUGCCGCGGAUAGGCUGGCAGAUACCCCGUAUGAUGCGGUGCUGAAGUGCGCCACGAGAACGUAUGCCAAUGUGCCCGUGGCGGUUGCAGAGGGGGGUGUCGCGGCUGCUGCGUCGAAGCGGGGAAAGUCGGUGCAGCAGAAGCUGCUGGCGCUGGGGAGACGGGCAGCAGCACAAAACGGUGCAGCGCCAGAUGCAGGCGACACAGCAGGAACAACAGCAGCAGCAAGAGGCGGUGGGGGGGAGGGCGAGGUGUGUGAGAGGGUGUACGUGAGGGGGCCGCCAGAGGUGCUGGUGGAGCAGUGCGGCAGCGUGCUGUGCCAUGGCGAGCCCGAGUCCAUCUCUUCCCUGCGCCCUGCGCUGCUCAAACGCAUUCAGGAGCUCGCCGACCAAGGCUACACGCUAGUGGGCUAUGCGUCUGGCAGCACAGCGGAUCACUCCAGCCCCCGCCAUUCCUCUUCCCGCACCGCCCUCGUCUCCUCCAUCGCCGACUGCACCUUCCUGGGCCUCGUUGCUCUUUCCGACCCCACGCGCGUUGACGCUGCUGCUGCCGCGCGCUGCUGCCGCCUUGCGGGGGUGCGCCCUGUGCUGGUGACUGGGGAUCACCUGGGGACGGCCGUUGCUGUGGCUAGAGCUGCUGCCAUCUGCUAUCCGCAUCAGGUGCAGCAGCAGGAGGUGCAGCAGGACGCCAUCUCAUGCACGGAGCGCCCGCCAGCGCAGAGCACGGGCGAGGAGCUCAGGGCUCUUGUGGCGGGCACUAGCGUGGUGGCGCGCGCAUCUCCCACAGACAAGCUCUGCAUUCUGGAAGCUCUGCAGAUGAAUGGACAGCUCGUGGCCGCGUGCGGGUCAAGCCUGACAGACGCAUCAGUGCUAGCAGCAGCGGACGUGGGCAUAGCUGUAGGCCCGGGCCCGGCAGCGGUGCGCGAUGCAGCGUCCGUGGUGUUGCUUGACCCCUCCUUCGGUGCCAUCCGCUUCCUGCUCGAGGAGGCACGUGCUGCUCUCAGCAACGUGCGCAAGGGGCUGGCGCUGGAGCUGGGGUGCAAGCUGGGGCUCGCGCUUGUUGUGCUGCUGGGCACGCUUUGGCUCAGUUACCCCAUGCUGCCCUGUCAGCUAAUCGUCUCCACAGUGCUCCUCCGCAUGGCCUCUCUCUUCUUCUACACAUCCGAGCUCCCCGAUGCCGACGUCAUGCUGCACGGCCCACGUCUCCCCACCCGCCCCUUCUUCGACCUCCCUCUCCUCGCCACCAUUGCCUCAGCAGCCAUCGCCACGGCCGUCGCCACGCUCCUCUCUCUCGCCUACUCCAUCCGGACUGAUCCAAGCAACAACAAUGACGUGCAUACAGUGGCGUUCAUCGGCUGGCUCGUCUCGUCCUGCUUCGUGUCCUUCCACCUGCGUACGACCUCCGAGUCGAUCUUCCAGAAGGGGCUCUUUUCGAACCUGCUGGUGCUGCUGGGGAUGCUGGUUACUGCAGGGCUGUGCGUGCUGCUCUCGUUCUCCGCGUGGUUCCGCAGCGCGCUGCAUUUCCAAGCGAUCCCGCCGCUGGACUGGCUGAUUGUUGUCGGGAUCUCCGCCGCAGGGACGAUCUGGAUUGAGAUGUUCAAGUGUGUUAUCUCGUUCUACCGGGACCGUGGAUACGAAGUGCCCAGCUUUGAGAUUGCUGAGGGGACGGGUGGUGCUGCCGCUGGUUCUGGUGGUGCUGGUGGUGGUGGUGGAGCUCUGGGGGAUCACAGGGAUGAUGGGGAAGGGGGGGACGAGUCACUUUUGCCUACAUCCAGCCUCAAGAGCGACAUUGAAAUGACUUGA